CAUCAAUGUCAGACGAACUUGUCAAGCAAUCAACUUGCAAACACUGGCAAGUCACCUUAGAAAAGGUAGCUUGUUCAAUGACCCUUUGAAAGAGACUUGCAAUGCCUCGACUGUCUAAACAAGAGCGAGAGGAAGUGAAAGAAAUGCUAGACAAAGGUUACUCCCAGUAUGAAGUUUCUAAAAAAAUGAAAACAUCUCGGAGUACAAUUCACCGAUUAGUCAGUAGGUUAAAAACAACAGGGUCAACUGAUGACCUGCCACGCACAGGGCGACCUCGGAUCAUCCCGACCCAAGAUCAGUCAUGGCUAGAAUGUGCUGGUGAGGAGAGACCCUUUGUUUGUACAGAGUGUGGUAAAACUUUUAAACACUUCCACAAUCUCAAGAACCAUUUAAAGACUCAUGGAGAUGAACGUCAAUACCAGUGUGAUCAGUGUGGCCGUGGUUUUAUUAGUUCUGCUAAUUUCAAGCGACACAUGCGUACUCAUACUGGAGAAAAACCUUAUAUUUGUGAAUACUGUGCUCGAGGUUUUGCUGACUUGUGCACAAUGAAGACACACAUUCGUACUCACACGGGAGAACGUCCUCACAAAUGUCACCUUUGUGGGAAGGCCUGUACAACAGCUGGCAAUCUCCACGCUCAUAUGAAGGUACACAGGGAUAAGAAGGGAGGGGAGGUACCACGUCCCUUAUUUGUGAAACCCCCUAGGUACAAAUCUAUCCCUAUCUUUCCACAGAUGGAACUGUUGAAAGCUAGAAACCAACAAGUACUGAAAGAAGAGUCAGAUAUUGCUGAUGAUAGUGAAGCAUUUGAUGAAGAUAAGACUGCCAAAGAAGAGGAUGUAUCUAAUGAGGAUGGCUUUGAGGACCACCAAGAUGAGGACAAUCCACAUAUGCUCAGUGUGGACAUGUCUUCCAGUUCUGUAACUGAAUUUCAAGAGGAUCUGCCAGCAAAAAUUGAAGAAAAUCCUGAUGGUUUUGAUGAUAAUCUGUCCUCUGAUAAACCUAAAGACAUGGACUUUCAGAAGAGGUUCUAUCAAGCAAUUACAGUAUCUACAGAUGGGGAACAACUUAUUCCUGUUGACCAUAUCAAGAAAGAACCAGACUUUGAUGAAGAAAGACAACAGGGUCAACUGAUGACCUGCCACGUACAGGGCGACCUCGGGUCAUCCCAACCCAAGAUCAGUCAUGGCUGGAGUGUGCUGGCGAGGAGAGACCCUUUGUUUGUACAGAGUGUGGUAAAACGUUAUAAACACUUCCACAAUCUCAGGUACCAUUUAAAGACUCAUGGAGACAAACUUCAAUACCAGUGUGAUCAGUGUGGCCACGGUUUUAUUAGUUCUACUACUUUCAAGCGACACAUGCGCAUUCAUACUGGAGAAAAACCUUAUAUUUGUGAAUACUGUGCUCGAGGUUUUGCUGACUUGUGCACAAUGAAGACACACAUUCGUACUCACACGGGAGAACGUCCUCACAAAUGUCACCUUUGUGGCAAGGCCUGUACAACAGCUGGCAAUCUCCACGCUCAUAUGAAGGUGCACAGAGAUAAGAAAGGAGGGGAGGUACCCCGUCCCUUAUUCGUGAAACCCCCUAGGUACAAAUCUAUCCCUGUCUUUCCACACAUGGCACUGUUGAAAGCUAGAAACCAACAAGUACUGAAAGAAGAGUCAGAUAUUGCUGAAGCAUUUGAUGAAGAUAAGACUGCCAAAGAAGAGGAUGUAUCUAAUGAGGACGGCCUUGAGGACCACCAACAUCAGGACAAUCCACAUGGGCUCAGUGUGAACAUGUCUUCCAGUUUUGUAACUGAAUUUCAAGAGGAUCUGCCAGCAAAAAUUGAACAAAAUCCUGAUGGUUUUGAGGAUAAUCUGUCCUCUGAUAAACCUAAAGACAUGGACUUUCAGAAGAGGUUCUGUCAAGCAAUUGCAGCAUCUUCAAAAUUUCAACUGCCUAUUCCUGUUGACCAUAUCAAGAAAGAACCUGAUUUUGAGGAAGAGAUGAACAGACUUGCGAUGCCUCGACUGUCUAAAGAACAGAGAGAGGAAGUGAAGAAAAUGCUGGACAAAGGUUACUCCCAGACUGAAAUUUCUAAAAAAAUGAAAACAUCUCAGAGAACAAUUCACCGAUUAGUCAGCAGGUUAAAAACAACAGGGUCAACUGAUGACCGCCCACGCACAGGGCGACCUCGCGUCAUCCCAACCCAAGAUCAGUCAUGGCUAGAAUGUGCUGGUGAGGAGAGACCCUUUGUUUGCUCAGAGUGUGGUAAAACUUUCAAACGCUUCAACAAUCUCAAGAACCAUUUAAAGACUCAUGGAGAUGAACGUCAAUACCAGUGUGAUCAGUGUGGCCGUGGUUUUAUUAGUUCUGCUAAUUUCAAGCGACACAUGCGUACUCAUACUGGAGAAAAACCGUAUAUUUGUGAAUACUGUGCUCGAGGUUUUGCUGACUUGUGCACAAUGAAUGCACACAUUCGUACUCACACGGGAGAACGUCCUCACAAAUGUCACCUUUGUGGGAAGGCCUGUACAACAGCUGGCAAUCUCCACGCUCAUAUGAAGGUACACAGAGAUAAGAAAGGAGGCGAGGUACCACGUCCCUUAUUUGUGAAACCCCCUAGGUACAAAUCUAUCCCUGUCUUUCCACAGAUGGCACUGUUGAAAGCUAGAAACCAACAAGCAUUGAAAGAAGAGUCAGAUAUUGCUGAUGACAGUGAAGCAUUUGAUGAAGAUAAGACUGCCAAAGAAGAGGAUGUAUCUAACGAGGAUGGCCUUGAGGACCACCAACAUCAGGACAAUCCACAUGGGCUCAGUGUGAACAUGUCUUCCAGUUUUGUAACUGAAUUUCAAGAGGAUCUGCCAGCAAAAAUUGAACAAAAUCCUGAUGGUUUUGAGGAUAAUCUGUCCUCUGAUAAACCUAAAGACAUGGACUUUCAGAAGAGGUUCUGUCAAGCAAUUGCAGCAUCUUCAAAUUUUCAGCUGCCUAUUCCUGUUGACCAUAUCAAGAAAGAACCUGAUUUUGAGGAAGAGAGAAACUGAUGUGGCUGUUCCCUGAGUGCCAAACAUUUUUCUUGUCAUGUGUGUCUAGGUCUGAGUGACUGCAAUAAGCUGUAGUCUUGUAGUUCCAUGCUUGUGGGUUUCUUUAAGGAAUAUGAUCUGCAUUACUGAGAAUGUAGUCCAAUAUUAAGCUGAGAAUAUAACAGAGACAACCUCUGUAGUCUAGUGGGAAAACAGCCCCUCCCAGAGAGAGGAAGGUCGAUGGUUGAUACUCUAGUGCCCCAUACCACACUACAUUAAAGGUGAUACUUGUUGUUGCUAGUGGUGGCAAUUGGUUAAAAGCUCAAAAUUGGUGACUGGUUGAUUACAACCGAUCAAUCAUUGAAAAUAAUCGGUUAGUGUCAUUUAUCAAAUGUUCCUGUUGUGGUUGCUAAUGCACACACAAAAAAUGUUAUUCUUUUGGGUUUUUUGCAAAUCGCACAAAAUGCAGGGAUGAGAAUUUUCCACGGAUCCGCGGAGUUCCAUGAAUUUCAUAAGGCCAAGGGUAAUUAUUGUCAGUCGUCUAAAUCUGUAUAAUUUGGCCUCGAUUUGGCCCCCAGCUAGUUUUCAGAGUUUUUCUCAAAACUUCAUUCUCAUCCCUGAAAAUGUCUCUGCAAAUUUCACAUCUUUAAGGAUGACUAGUAUGUUAGGAACAUAAAUAUCCUGGAGUCUUUAAGAUAAAUUCUUUCAUGACUUGGAAAUAGCUUGUAGUGCUAAUUAAAUGUAAAUUUAAUGACAGACCAAACCAACCUUGUGAGUGGUGUCCAUCUUAAACAGGUGUGUGGUGUCUCAGUGGGCUGGCAUUAUAAUCAGUCAUUAGUCCUGAAUAGCACAAGCAGCCAUGCAUACACAUGACUAUAGAAGUGCAAUAAUUUUGAACAUGACAUUAAACCCGAUUUGUCCUUGCCUGACAUGACUGAAAUACUAUUUAAAGCAAUUCUAAACAAUGCUGGUUCAAUGUAACUAAAAGCCUGAACUUCAGGCCAUGCUUUGAGUCAAGGUUCUCACCAGGCUUGCACAGCAACUGGUCUGCUAGUCAAAGUAGUGACUAGUAAUUUACUUCAAAAUGGCAUUACAUAAACAACUAGUCAAUGUAAAUUGUUAACCAGAAUUUAAAAUUUAAGCAUAAAAGUGUAGUCUCCCAUGUAAUGGUUGAUCAGAAUUUUUUAAGACCUUUCAUAAAGUGGAUGUCAAGUCUUCAGACAGAGAGGUUUGUAUUCUGGGAACGAACUGACAAUUGUGCAUGUGUGUUUGUCAAGGUGAUGCAUGUGAAGUGUCACCUUGGAAUAGAAGGAGAGUAGAAGGUCAUGGUCAGAUCUGCUGUCUCACCUUAAAUGAUGUUACUUGUUGUUUCCCUGCCUGGUUCUUGGCAUUAAGGAGAUAAAACAAGGAUUGGUCGGCUCAUGGUAAGUAUAUCAAGUGGAGUAUCAAUGUUACAUCGUGGAAUGGAAUCUAGUUAGCUUGUACUAUAAACUGACAUUAGUCUAUACAAGUUCAAGCAGCCCGAUUGUUAAAAAUGGUCAUUGGACAGAUUUGUCUUUUGACCAAUAUAUUUAAGCUUGAAGUGUCAUAAUUUAAAUCAAGUUAAUUUUUGGUUUGGUUUUGUAUUUAUUUAGUUAUUGAUCAUGAAGGUGAGAUUUGGAAUUUGAAAACAUAAAUCAUCUGAUUGUUGAGUUGUUUAUCAUCAGCUGGUGACACACUGUUUCUGGAGAUGAUUGAGUUCAGUAUGCUGGGCAUCUGGCACUAAUGUCCAUGAUGAUUUGUUGUUAUUUGUGAAUCAAGACUGUUUUUGUGUGUACAUGUCAGAUGUGUAUAUUUUGCAACCAGUAUUAUUUAUGUACACUGUUUUCAUUGUGCAGUAAAGUGAAUCUGUCAA